CAAUGCAAAAAUAAAACAUUGUUUUUCUUUUGUCAUCAGCAUUCAAGAUUCAUCCACCGAGCAAGGAGACAGAGAGAAACAGAGAUGGAAGAGCAGAGAGAGAAGCAGGUGAUGAGUUCGGAAGCGAUGGAGAAAAUAUCGGAGAGGCUAUCGUGUUUGGAGAACCUGUACUUCCCACGCGCCCUCCAAUCCUCCGCCACUCUCCCUUCCCAGCGCAAGCAAAUCUUCCGCGACCUUCUCUCCAGAGACGUUCCUCUCUUCUUAGAACGAUAUGGUUCUGAGCUUAUUAGCGAUGAGCUGGGACAGUUUGAUUCCAUGAAAGACGACUAUGAGGUUAAUUGGCAUCUAAAGAGGCUUAGGAGCAUAAUGAGCCCAACUUCGGAGGAGUUGAGGAUGCGGUCAGUGACUGUGAAGAACCGAAGGCGGGCUUACUUGGAUAAAUUGGUGUAUGAUGGGCAUUACUUCUCCGAAGACGCCAUGAGGGAAAGGGAGCCUUACCUGCACCAUGAAUAUGUUGGGAAGUUUCAGGACCAGAGCAGCAGGGGCAUGGCUAGGCCCGGGGAGCGCUGGUCUGAGACUUUAAUGAGACGAUGUGAGGAAGCUGAGCUGGUUGCCAAGAUUAGAGGGGAGCAGCAGAGGAUGGGUGUGCCCGAAAGGGAUUGGGUCGGUAAUGAGGGGUUUCAAGAAGAGGAAGAGGAAGAGGAAGAGGAAGAGGAAGAGGAAGAAGAAGAAGAGGAGGAGGAGGAGGAGAAGGAGCGGAAUGAAGAAAGGAAAAAGGAUGGAAGCAACACACAGUCUGCUGUGAGACACUUAAAUCAACCCGAUAUAAGUGAUGAUGGUGGUGCUUCCGAUCCAGCCAGAGAGAGUCAGGAAUCAUCUCUAUCUGCAGAAGAGCUGGAAGACCGCAUGAACCAAUUUACGUACAUUAUGCAGCAGAAGUUCUUAUUAGGGGAAGAUCAUGAACAUCUAGAUUACACUAAGAUAGAUAAUGAUGAGACCCUUGAUGAUCACUGGAUGAGGGAAGCCAAUAUUGAUGCAGAGGAGAGAUACUUUGCUGAUGAUUAAACACUAAGCAUCUUAACUUUGUAUCAGGGAAUCAGAUGCGUAGAUAUUGCAUAAUCUUUGGUAGAGAUUUUGUUUUCUGGUAAGAACAUCUCACCUUGGUGUCUAUGUGUAUAUAAGUAUAUUUAACUAGAUGUGUGUUUUCAAUAUUAUAGCUGAGACAGUUCUACACAUAUCAAAGUUCCUUUGCUAUUUUAAUGCAAGGAUUUUGUAGUUUACUCGUGGAAUAUGAAUCAUCUGCAACAUGUUUUGUUCAUUGU